CUGUUGCCACAGUGACUCACGCUUUCCUUCAAUGCGGCUCGCAGUUUGCCGGUUUUGUGUUCCCUCCCUAUUUUGCUUCUUGUCCAUUCGUCUCUCAGCGGAGCUGUGACGCCGCCGUUCAAUCAUAGUUCAGCUUCCAGCAGAGGGGAAGAAGCGACCAAAGAUAACAACGGCGCGAUUCCGCCCGGGUCCGAGGGACGUGUCAUCGCUGACAAACUUGGUAGUGAUGGAGGAACUCCAAGAUGUCCAGUUGACCGAGAUUAAGCCACUUCUGACAGAUGGGAACUCUGCAAGGAACUUCCAGGAUUUUGACUGCCAGGAACAUGAUAUCGAAACUGCACACGGGGUGCUCCAUGUAACCAUGCGAGGGACCCCCAAGGGGAAUAGACCUGUCAUCUUGACUUACCAUGACAUCGGUCUCAACCACAAAUCUUGCUUCAACACAUUGUUUAACUAUGAGGACAUGCAGGAAAUCACGCACCAUUUUGCCGUCUGCCAUGUCGAUGCCCCUGGACACCAGGAAGGAGCUCCACCUUUCCCAACAGGGUACCAAUACCCAACCAUGGAUGAGCUGGCGGAGAUGUUGUCUGCGGUUCUAAUCCACUUAAACAUUCAGAAUGUGAUUGGGGUUGGAGUUGGGGCUGGAGCCUACAUCCUUACCAGAUUUGCACUGAAUCACCAAGAUCUCGUUGAGGGACUUGUCCUCAUCAACAUUGACCCAUGUGCUAAAGGCUGGAUGGAUUGGGCUGCCUCGAAGCUUUCAGGAUGGACCACCAACCUGGAUGACAUUGUGCUGGCUCAUCACUUCAGUAGCGAGGAGCUGGAAAACAACUUAGAGCUGAUCCAGACCUAUCGACUCCACAUAUCCCAGGACAUCAACCAGGAAAACCUGCACCUUUUUGUCAAUGCAUACAACAGUCGCAGAGACUUGGAGAUUGAACGACCAAUUAUUGGCGUGAAUGAAACAACGGUUAAAACUCUGCAAUGCCCUGCUUUGUUGGUUGUUGGUGACACCUCUCCUGCAGUGGAGGCUGUGGUUGAGUGCAAUUCUAGGCUAAACCCAACGAACACAACGCUACUGAAGAUGGCAGAUUGUGGAGGGCUUCCCCAGGUGGUUCAGCCUGGCAAGCUGACUGAAGCCUUCAAAUACUUUGUGCAGGGAAUGGGCUACAGACUAAUGGGAAGCUGUUCAACAUAAGGAGACUACCCUUCC